GGAAAGCCGUCAGUAGAAUGGAUAUGUGCCCUCUCUCCUCCACCCUUUCUUCUCCUUCUCCUUCUCCUCCGUCUCAUCUCCGUCUGUCUUCCCCGCUCUUUGGCAGUGUUGCACCCUGUGUACCCUCAGCGCUGGCCCUCGGGGACAAGGAGACUCUGCGGCUGAAAACUGACCUUCAAUGUCAGCAGGGGAUCAGAAGAGUGUUGGUGACAAACCAGAAGACAGGGUGUCGGUGGCUGAGGUAUGGCCAGAAGUGGCAAGGGCAGAGUGUUUGGCCCGCGGUGCUGCACUGAAGUGGGCUUCAGGUGUUUUCUGUCGGCCUGAGCAUCUGGAGCGUCUGAGCCAGUACAGGAAGAGAGAGAGUCAGAGGACAGCCUCCAUACACACCAGACUCAAGUCUAUGGUCCAAUCGUACCUAGAGGGCGUAGGUUGGGGUCUGGAGCAGCUCAGAGAGGCCAGGACAGGGCUGAAGGAGGUGUCGCAUACUCUGAAGAAAGCAGGACUGGAGUCCAAUGGAAACACAGACAGAGAGAAGUCUCUGGAGAGGCUGAGAGAAGUGUCCAUCAAUCACAGUCAGCUCCUCUCUGCCGUCAGCAACCUGCCACGACUUUACUCUGUGCGUAGCAUGGUGUUGGAGACAGAGCGCUUGGUGGAGUCCCGGCGGCUCCUUGAAGCCCACGCCCGGCUGACGGAACUGGAGCGCUGGCAGGAUGACAUCCUCUGGCAGCUUCACGGGGCUGGUGGGACAGCAGGAAGUGGGCUCAGCACAGAGGACAAGGAGCUGGUAGAGAAGUAUUUCUCUGGUGUCGGGAAGCUAGUAGAUGCUUUAGGUAAGGAGCUGUGGGCGGUGGUGAGCAGUGCUCUGGCUCUGGCUAGACAAAACCCAACACCAUUUGUAUCAGCUGUGAGGAUAGUGGAGCGAGAGGAGGCUCUGGACCAAGCUCUACUGGAGGAACGAGGGAGUAGUAGAGGCAACACACGGCCCCUUCCUCCAGGGAGACCUCGCUGCUGGAGAGCAUGCUUCUUCCAGGUACUAGAGGAAGCCGUUUCUGCACGGUUUCGUAGUGUUUCAUACCUGCACACUCGAGGUCCAGGUCUGGCAGGCCACCUCUCUGCGCUCCAGCAUGGUAUCAUGGCCGACCUCACUACUGUACGACACCUGCUGGAGCACUGCGUCCCCUCACACUAUGAGCUGACAGGAGCCUAUCUGAGGGCCAGCCAUCGCUGUUUACACGCUCAUCUUGCACAGGUUAGCAGCUGGGACCUGGAGAGUGGGGAAAUCUUUGCUGUGCUUAAUUGGGUGCUUCAUAUUUACAACAGCCCUGACAUGAUGGGUCACCCAGAGCUAGUGGGCGAGAUGCAGAAAGAAGAACUUGGACCUCUCAUCUCUGCUGAGGGGUUGGAGCAGCUGCAGAUCAAAUAUGUGCAGAGCGUUCGGAAGAGUGUAUCAGAGUGGAUGCACAAAGCUCUUCAGGUGGAGCUUCAGGACUGGCAGAGAGACCAGGAGCCUGAUACAGACCAUGAAGGUUUCUACCAAACCAGCCUGCCCACUAUCAUCACACAGAUGCUGGAGGAGAAUGCUCGGGUCGCUCUCAUGAUUGGAGAAUCCUUACGGGAUCAGACCAUACAGAUGGGACUGUAUGAGAUGGAGAACCUCCUCAACAGGUUUCGAGAAGCUCUGGUGGAUUUUGGGAAGGAGCAUCGUAGGAAUCCAAGUAGCAACAAAUUCUACCUCCAUUACCUGCUGGCCUCCAUCAGCAACUGCAUCAUCCUAAAACAGUCCACAGAGAGCCUGCGGCAGCAGCAGUCAUCCCGUUCAGUGGGCCAAUUCUCCCGGACUCCUCCCAACCCUUUGUUGGCCCUGGACCGGGCAGUGAGACGGGCGUGUCGCCUGGUGAUGGAUCAGCUCCUGCUGGACCUUCAGCCUCUCCUCACAGGCCUGCUAACCCGACCCUGGCUGGUCCAGGGCAACCCUGUCCCCAAACUAUGUCACAUCCUGGAGCGUCACCUAGAGCUGUACAGCCGUGUUCGACCCCCCUGUAGACAGCGCCUACAGGAAGAGGCCCAGUGGCUGAUGGUGGUGGAGUAUGUCAGGGCUCUGAUGCAGAAAAGAUUGGUGUGUCGAAGCGCAGACGAGAGGAAGCAGGUCGCACAUCAGAUGGUCCAGGAUGAGCAGCAGUUCAGAGAGAUCUUUCACGGCCUGGAUGGAGAAGGGUCAGUACCUGAAGUGAAUCCUCUGGCUUUACUCCCCAUCCUGGCUGAUUUUGUGCGACUGAAAGACCCCAGUAUGCUGACUCUGGAAGUGUCAGGACUUGCAGCCAAAUACCCUGACAUCAGUGAAGAGCAUGUGUGUGUACUGCUGGACAUUCGUGGUGACGUAUCCAGGGACGUCAGAGGGGCUGUACUGGAACAGCUGGAGCAGAGCGCCCCCCCUCUGCCAGCAGGAUACCGGCCCAUCUUCACUGACAUUCUGGUGCCUCCCUCCACCAUGGCCUUUUGUCUGCCCACUGCCAAGUGUACAUGAACUCUGUGGCCUGAACUCUCAAUUUCACAUUAAAUUCUAGUCUGAGGGAUAAUAGCACUAAGAGCCUGCAGCACAUCAUUACUCUACAAAAGGACCAAAGGAAAACAUGAUGGAGAUCUAAGUCCCAAGUUUUCUGAAGGAACCUCUGUGUGUUUAUGUAACAGCUCAUUAUUCAUCCAGGAAUAUUAUGUGUUGCAUACUGAGAUCUACCUAAUUCCUGCUUCACAUUAUACCUUUGUUUGCUUCAGAAGUAUCAUCAAUUCUUCAUUCUUAAACAGAAAUGUGCAGGAUCAUCAGUGGGUUCUGUGAGGCUAAAUCACUGUUUUUGUCCAUGGAGUCUGCUGCCUGUCAUGAGUAUGAUGAACAAGCAUUUUCUGGUCAAUAGAAUUAUCUGGUUCUUUAUCACCAAGGUCAACAUCUAUUGAUCCUUUCUCUUGUACUGUCAGACACUUAGAAAAAUAGUUUUAGCUGGUUAUCUACAACAACAGCCAGCUUAAGUGCAUGCACUGUGAUUACCAUUUAUGACUGGGGAUCACAUUGCAGCUCUUUUUCAGCUGUCGGCUAAAGCAAUAUCAUGUACCAGUUCAAAAACUUUUCAUACCCAUUAGUCAGUAAGACCCUAAAUUAGAUGAAAAAUGGAUUCUGGUUUAAAAUCCAGGAAUUUUCCUUUUACAGUAUCUAUUAUUUGAGAGUAGAGUCUCACUGUUAAUUUUCUUCGAAAAUUCAAGCUAGAGACUCACUGAUCCACUUCUAAGUGCAAUAUGUAGAAUGUAAACAGUUUGUUCAACAUAAAUCAGAAAUCCUCUAAGAUACGGCCUCAGUGAACUGCACUCAGCAUUGCCUAUGAGGACCUACCCAACCAGUGCAUAAUGACAUUAAGCAGAUAAUGUGACUUUAGAGGAUUAAUGUACUGCUUACAUGUUAUAUAUGUAUUUGACAGUUCUAUGUGCUGAACAAAUGUGUCAGACACAAAAUUACAUUUAUGGUAUAUAGGGGGUAGAAACAAAAUCUAAAAAAACAAAGUAUCUCUUGAAUAUGUGACCUGACACUUAUUUAAAAUCCAUCACUCAACACAGUACAUAUUUAGCUUUCAGAAUCCUAAGUACUAAACAACAAUUAAAAGCACAUUUUCCUACAGCCUGUGAGAUAUUCAAGUUUUUUAAUUCAAGAAAUUGACUUCUUUAUUUCUAGCCAGAAAAUCAACUUCUGCAUGAAAAUAACAUUUUCAUUUCAUGCUUAUUUUAAGAUUUGAUUUUGAAAACUAAAUCGAAAUAAACCUUAUUUUCAACAGUAUUCAUAGAAUAAUUAAAGGAUUGCCACAACUUAGAAAAGUAUUUCUGUUGUCAGCUAGGACUCCUGGACUGUAAACAACUAUCAGAUGACAAUUAGGCUGCUUUUUAAUAAAAUCACAUUUUAUUAACUUGUCUUUGUAUUUCUUAUCUUGCUUUUUGGCUGACAUUGAGUAUUUUGAUUUUUUAAAAAACAUAUUUAUUGUAUUUAUGUUCUUGAUUCCGUUUCCUUUUGAAAAAGUGUGUUUUUUUCUGAUUUUUAUUUUCAAGAAAUUUUCCAAGCUCUUGGUCUGGAGCCUCUAACGCACAUUUUAAACUGUGAUGAUUCAUGACAAAAUAAAUGUUUUUUAAAGUUGA